CAACAAUCAGCCCACUUUAACACCUCUCACGUCGAAUGAAAUCGUAUAAAUAGCCUAAUGCAUUCUCUCUAAGUCUCCACAGCUUUCUUGUUAUCUCUACUUUUCACAGCUCAUUCAAUUCGACAACUCAAAGGUAGCAAAAUCGAAAUCAACUGAUAAUGACGACCCCGCAACCACAAGCCGCCGUCCCCAAAAUGGCCGAGCCCGGGACAGCCGCAGAGACCGUCCCACUUGACACUCACACGCCUCUAGCGCCCACUCAUGCCCUCUCUAUCACCCACACCAAGCAUCACACAAUCCUCAUCCAAGACCUUACUCCAUCCCUCUCUUCACUCUUUUCUCCCUCCACCGGACUUGCCAUCGAGGAAGCUACAAAAUUGAUUGAUGGAACUCCAGCUCCUCCAACUCUGUAUACGCUCAAGAAGGAGAAUCUCCUCGGUUCGCAUAUGAGGGUUCAUGAUAAAGAGGGCAAGGAGGUCGCGGAGUGGAAGAACCCGAUUUUGAGUCUGGAUGCUGGCAAGGUUACGAUUAAAUUCCUUGAUGGGGAGGCUGGGCAGAAGACGGUGGAGGUUAACUCUAUUGGCCAUGAUAGGAUUUCAGAGUCCUUCGACCUAAACAAGAAAACCUACGUUUGGGAAGCAGAGUCCAAACACCACCAACACAAGCACCUCUACGAGAUCUCCGAAACCGUGCCAACACCUGCUGGAGUAACUGAAGGCUCAACCUCAACACCAGAGACCCAGACCACGGCUAAGCCAAUCACCAAACGUGCCCGCGAGGUUGCCCGCUACUCACAGAAGCACGUCCACGGACGCGGCCACGCUGGCGGCAAAGAAGGACUUCUCGUGAUUGAUUCUGGAGAAAUCUCGGAUUUGGUUGGCGUACUGACGUUGUGUGCUAUGCUUGAGCAAGUUCAUAAAGAGGAGAGAUUUGAUACCACUUUUGAGAAUGUUGUUGGUGUUGUUGGCUAAGAGGAAACAUAUUGUGUUGCAUCACGGCAUAGGGGGUAGGAAAAUUUGCAUGGCAUGGAAAUUGGUAUGGGGGAAAAUGAGGGCAUUUGUGCGGUGGAUAUAAUUUUUAGUUGCAUUGCUUGCUGAGACUUUUUCUUCUCGUACUGUACAUGAUGACGCUUGGAGCUAAGUGAGUGAGGAAAGUCCUUUCUUUCUCAUAGCCAAGCCACGUACUUGCGCGAAUUGUGCUUCCAUCCAUUCGAGGCCUGGAACUUCAGUUCACCAACAAUGAGGUGACCAUCACAAC